AAUCAUCCUCGACUAUGGACCAUGAUCCUCGUCUACCAACUUUUCCCCGAAGCUGCGCAGAAGUUGAUGUAAAGGCUGUUGACGACCUUCUAGAGAGAGAAAUGAGCCAACUUUCGUUCCACGAGCAGUAUCAGGUUUGUGAAGAUGUCAAGGGCACGAACUCUUUGGCGUUAGCAGAGCCAAAUGAACUUGUGUCAAUGGGAUUAAAUGCUCUCGAAAAUCAACUGAAGAUUCUAGGGGAAAGUAUUAAGUAUUAUCGAUUAGCAGAGAAAUUAAGCAAUGAAACGAUAGAAGCUAGAGCCUUCCGGUUACGAUUUGCAAGAGCCGAAUGCUUUGAUCCAGCGAAAGCAGCGAUUCGAAUGGAUAGGUACUUGAAAAUGAUAUACGAAAACUUUGGGGAGGAUUGUCUCAGACGGCCAUUACAGCUAAUCGAUUUAAACAAGGUAAAUUAUGAAUAUCGUCUUCCGGAGGCAACGCGAAGAAUUUUCUGAGGCGUCAACGGUUUCAAGACUAUGAUGACCGACAACACAAGAAAAUAUCAAUGAAAUUCACAAUCUCACGCGACGCGACGACUCCUUCAUCUUCUAAUGUUUCCAUCGCAAAACAAAAAAGGCCGAACGGGAUCUCUUGAGAUCUGGGUGCAUACAAAUCUUUCCUUAUCGCGACCUGUCGGGACGAAGAAUCAUAGCUAUGUUGGGAGACCUUGGCACCCAAAAUCACACUCUGAAAAAUAAAGUAAGUAGCCUUCAAUUGUUCGAGAUCGCGUUUUUUCCGAAGUCUAAAAACAAACAAAUAAUAAUCAUUUCUUUUACAUGGUCAUCUUGUUGCUGAAUAGAUAAAGGUCAUUGCGUAUUUGAUGCAAGUUAUAUCGGAAGACGAGGAAACACAAAAACAAGGAUGCGUGUUUUUAUUCUGGCCCUUAGAGCCUACAAGUACCGUAAUUCAAGAGGUAAACCACGCUUUUCAAGUUUCUCCUGUUCGAAUUAGCGCCUCCCACUUCUUGCUGUACGAUGACGUUCAAUUUCGAAAGCUUGGGUCCUGGCAACUUCUUGCCAUGACUCKGGAGAUGAGAGCAAGAACACGGGUGCAUUUUGGUAAGAAUUAGUGGAAGAGUUCAUGUUUGAACACAAGCAUUCAAGAUACAUUGUAUACAUUUUUUGCGGUCAUUAUGGAUUUCAUCCUAAAAUUCGAUCUAUCGGAACAUUGUUUAUCUCCAUUACAGGUUCAAUUCACGAAUGCCAACAAAAGUUAUCGGAGUGUGGAAUAUCAUCUCACUUUCUCCCGGUCACUAAUACUGGGAAUGUGAAGAAUCAGAAUCUCCUUAAGUGGUUUGCUUUUCGACAAGCAAAGGAAAGUGCUUUCAAGCAAGGACUUUAUUUUGAUGGUGUUGAUUGUCCUUCUGUUAAAGAUAUUCUGACAGGGAAGGGUCCACAAGUUUCUAGCAACCCUGCCAAUGUGGCCUAUCGAAAAAUGAUGGAAAAGAGAUUCAUUGAACACAGAGAUGCGUUAACUGUAGACAAAAAGACGUCGAUAUCUAGGGAAAUUGUGGAAGAAGUGCUGAGAAGCGGCGGUCGCUUUCUCACCAAAGAUAAAGGGUGGUGGAGUAUCUGUGACUGCGAUACAGCGCGAGAGAAAGUGAGUGUUGCUUUCCGUGACAUGCGCAAGAGAUUUCCACAAAAUCACAAAAGAAGAAAAGUAGAAAAAUGAUCAUUGGUUGAUAAUUUCAAUUAGCCAAAUAAUGAUGAUAGGGGUAAGUGUGGUGGAUCAAWUUUUKUUGUUGCGUGACAUCCUUCCUUGCAACCUCAGAGCAAGAAUUGGAUUGUCUCCCUGGGUAAUGCCGCUGAUAUAAUAGAAAUAUUACAGUACU